GGUAACACGCUGGUCUGCCUGCCCACCGGGCUGGGGAAAACCUUCGUGGCCGCCGUCGUCAUGUACAACUUCUACCGCUGGUUCCCCUCCGGCAAGGUGCUCUUCCUCGCCCCUACCAAGCCGCUGGUGGCUCAGCAGAUGGAGGCCUGCGCCCGCGUUAUGGGGAUCCCGGCCCGGGAACUGGCCCGGAUGACAGGGGGAACCCAAGCUCUCAGUCGGCGGGAACUGUGGACUACCAAGAGAGUCUUUUUCCUUACACCUCAGAUAAUGGUGAAUGAUCUUUCUCGUGGGACAUGUCCUGCUGUAGAGAUUAAAUGUUUGGUUAUUGAUGAAGCCCACAAAGCCCUUGGAAAUCAUGCCUACUGUCAGGUUGUAAGGGAACUAAGCAAAUAUACAACUCAAUUUCGGAUCUUGGCCCUAAGUGCCACACCAGGCAGUGAUACCAAGGCUGUGCAGCAAGUUAUUUCCAACUUACUCAUUGCUCAGAUAGAGCUGUGUGCUGAAGAUUCUCCAGAAAUUCAGCCUUAUUCUCAUGAGCGACAAGUGGAAAAAAUUGUUGUUCCACUUGGUGAAGAAUUGGUAGAAAUUCAAAAUGUUUACAUCCGGGUAAUGUCCAAAUAUAGGACAGAUUAG